ACACCCCUUAAACGUUAAACUGCACAAAAUCCAUAGACUCGUCUAUGGAAAGUAUACGUUCAAUGAAUAUUUGUAAACAUUGAAGUCACGUUUCAAUGUGAAAGUAUGUCUUUUAAGUACUGAACCAGUGACAAGCUUUAUUUCAGUGGAAACAUGGAGGUUCCUGAAUUCAAGCUCGGGGGUUCACGAUUUGACCAAACCCAGUUUUCAGGACGGUUCAGACACCUGGUUGAUAUAACAGAUCCAAGGACAUUGUUUACUUCAGAGAGGAAACUUCAAGAUUCCAUUGCAUUGCUGGAAGAUUACAAGCAAAAACGAUUGGCUAGUGGAGUUACAGAUCAGCAGCUAUGGGAGGCGCAGAAAAUCAAGCAGAGUAUCAUCCAUCCUGACACUGGAAAGAAAGUCUUCAUGCCAUUUCGAAUGUCAGGCUAUGUGCCAUUUGGAACUCCGAUAGUGGUUGGAAUGCUGCUGCCAAACCUGACGUUCCCGCAGAUGAUUUUCUGGCAAUGGCUCAACCAGAGUCACAAUGCCUGCUUUAACUACGCAAACAGGAAUGCCAGCAAGCCCACUCCAACUAGUAGAUUUAUAGCUGGCUAUGUAGGGGCAGUAACCAGUGCAAUCUCUAUUGCAGUGGGACUAAGUUACCUGAUCAAGAAGGCCAGCAGAUUCAGUGCCUCCACCAAGCUUCUCAUCCAAAGAUUUGUGCCAUACCCAGCAGUAGCCUGUGCCAAUAUCUGCAACGUGUUGCUAAUGAGAAACACUGAACUGACAGAAGGCAUUAGUGUGAUGGACAAGGACCAUAAUGUCGUCGGCUCCUCUAAGAUCGCAGCUAAACGGGCUGUUUUCUCCACUGCUGGAACAAGAGUUGUCCUCCCAGCCCCUAUCCUGAUUAUCCCCCCUAUUGUGAUGACAUUCCUAGAAAAAACACGAUUUCUCCAACGGAAUCCUCGGUUCCACCUCCCUCUGAAUGCCCUUGCCUGUACAAUAUCGUUUGGCCUCGCCUUGCCUGCUACAGUAGCCAUGUUCCCGCAGUAUGCCACUAUUGCCACAAAAGAUUUAGAGCCGGAAAUUCAAGCAGCAACCAGUGAGGAAACGCUGAUCUACAAUAAGGGACUUUAAUGUCCCCUGAUGAGUUAAGCCUCAAGCUAUGAUACAACUUUAUGUAUUAACAUUUUAGAGAAAAUGCGACUAUUUCAGAAUUAUACUACAUUACAAGACCGUCGAUUUAAACAAUCGCUUAUUUUUAGCUCCACUGGCCAAAGGCCAGUGGGGCUUAUGUCAUGGUCCUGUGUCCGUCGUGUGUGCGUGCGUGCGUGCGUGCGUUAACUUUUUCUUAAAACAUCUUCUUCUCCUAAACUACUGGUCCAAUUCUGAUGAAAUUUCUCAGGAAUGUUCCUGUGGUGAACCUCUUUCAAAUUUGUUCAAAUGAUGCUCCUGGGGUCAAAUUUGACUUUGCCCCUGGGGGUCAAAAAAUUGAAAAUUUGCUUAUAUAAGGCCUAUUUUGUGCAAACUUUAUAAAUCUUCUUGUCAAGAACCAUGGGGCCUAGGGCUACCAAACUUGGUAUGUAGUGACAUUUUAUAGUCCUCUACCAAGUUUGUUCAAAUUAUGCCCCUGGGGUCAAAUUUGACCCUGCUCCGGGGGGUCAAAAAAUUGAAAAUUGGCUUAUAUAAGGCCUAUUUUGUGCAAACUUUAUAAAUCUUCUUGUCCAUAACCGUAUGGCGUAGGGCUACCAAAUUUGGUAUGUAGUGACAUCUUAUAGUCCUCUACCAAGUUUGUUCAAAUUAUGCCCCUGGGGUCAAAUUUGACCCUGCCCCGGGGGAUUAAAAAAUUGAAAAUUUGCUAUAUAAGGCCUAUUUUGUGCAAACUUUAAAAAUCUUCUUGUCCAUAACCAUUGGGCCUAGGGCUAUCAAAUUUGCUAUGUAGUGACAUCUUAUAGUUUUCUACCAAGUUUGUUCAAACUAUGCCCCUGGGGUCAAAUUUGAACCUGCCCCGGGGGUUAAAAAAUAGAAAAUUUGCUUUUAUAAGGCCUAUUUUGUGCAAACUUUAAAAAUCUUCUUGUCCAUAACCAUUGGGCCUAGGGCUACCAAAUUUUCUAUGUAGUGACAUCUUAUAGUCUUUUACCAAGUUUGUUCAAAUUAUGCCUCUGGGGUCAAAUUUGACCCUGCCCCGGGGGGGGGGUUAAAAAAUAGAAAAUUUGCUUAUAUAGGGCCUACUUUGUGCAAACUUUAAAAAUCUUUUUAACCAUAACCAUUGGGCCUAGGGCUACCAAAUUUGCUAUGUAGUGACAUCUUAUAGUCUUCUACCAAGUUUGUUCAAAUUAUGCCCCUGGGGUCACAUUUGACCCUGCCCCGGGGGUCAAAAAAUUGAACAUUUGCUUAUAUAAGGCCUAUUUUGUGAAAAUUUAAAAAAAACUUCUUGUCCAUAACCAUUGGGCCAAGGGCUACUAAAUUUGGUAUGUAGUGACAUCUUAUUGUCCUCUACCAAGUUUGUUCAAAUUAAGCCCCUGGGAUCAAAUUUGACCCUACCCCGGGGGGUCAAAAAAUUGAAAAUUUGCUUAUAAAAGGCCUAUUUUGUGAAAACUUUAAAAAUCUUCCUGUCCAUAACCAUUAGGCCUAGGGCUACCAAAUUUUGUAUGUAGUGACAUCUAAUAGUCCUCUACCAAGUUUGUUCAAAUUAUGCCCCUGGGGUCAAAUUUGACCCCGCCCUGGGGGGUCAAAAAUUCGAAAAUGUGCUUAUAUAAGUCCUAUUUUGUGCAAACUUUAAAAAUCUUCUAGUCCAUAACCGUAUGGCAUAGGGCUACCAAAUUUGGUAUGUAGUGACAUCUUAUAGUCCAUACCAAGUUUGUUAAAAUUAAGCCCCUGGGAUCAAAUUUGACCGUUCCCCAGGGGUCACAAAAUUGAACAUAUGCUUAUAUUGGGCCCAUUUUGUGCAAACUAUAAAAAUCUUCUUGUCCAUAACCAUUGGGCCUAUUUCUAUCAAAUUUGGUAGGUUGUGACAUCUAAUAGUUCUCUACUUAGUUUUUUCAAAUUAUGCCCCUGGGAACAAAUUUGAACUUGCCCCAGGGUCACAAAAAUGAACAUAUGCUUAAAUAAGGCCUAUUUUGUGCAAACUUCAAACAUCUUCUUGUUCUUAAUUAUAGAGCCUAGGGCUACUAAAUUUGGUAUGUUGUGAUAUCUAAUAGUUCUCUACCAAAUUUGUUCAAAUUAUUCCCCAGCGCUCAAAUUUGACCCUGUCCCGGAAGGUCACAAAACUGAACAUAUGACGUUUUCCAGGGGAGAUUACUGCGGCCGUGUGGCUGUGACCAACAACAACAACAACAUCUUGUAAACAUGAGAUAAAACCCUGUCAUUUAGUGCCAUUUUAGAUCAGAUGGUGACUGCUUACAAAGGAAUUGAAGUAAGAACAUGUGUUCUGAAUGUUUUUCUCAUAAACUGAAAAAAGUCGGGAUUUAUUUAAAUAUGUCGAAAGUGACCAUAUAUCCGGAUAAAAGAAUUUCGGAUGACAUGUUUAUUUAACGUCUUUUUUGUAGUGUUUAAACCAGUUUAAUAAUAUCUUAUUGAUUUUAAAACACAACUUCCAUGAACAUAAUUAUUUCCAUAAAAGUCAAUAUAUGAUUCUGGAUUGUUAACUCAAACUUUGUAUCCAAGAGAAGGUGUUGGAAUUAAAGGGAUCUUUUCACGGUUUGGUAAAUUGACAAAAUUGAAAAAAGUUGUUUCAGAUUCGCAAAUUUUCGAUUUAGUUAUGAUAUUUGUGAGGAAACAGUAUUACUGAACAUUUACCAUAGUCCAAUAUAGCAAUUAUAUGCAUAUUUUGACGAUUUGAAAACCUAAAAAUUAUAAAGCGUUGCAACGCGAAACGAUUGAAUAAUUUGGAGAGUUCUGUUGUCGUUUAAAUUUACGAAAAUACGAAGAUUGCUUAUAUAAGGUAUAAAAUACUUAUUCUGUGUAUACUCGGCGGAAUAGCCGAGAGGGCUAAUGCGUUUUUACUUCAGACUACUCCAGGACUCCGGGGGUCACUGGUUCGAGCCCUGGUACCGGCUACUUUUUUUUCUUGUUUUAAUUUUAUUCUUGAUUUUUUACUGGAGCUUUAAAGAUUCAAUGUUUACAUUUAUCAAUAUAAAGCAUUUAAUGACAAACUUCAAAAUAUGCCAAAAUCUGUGAAAAGGCCCCUUUAAUAAAGUGCAAUGUUCUUAACUGUCUAUAUGCUGCUUUUUAAUAACUAAUGAUUCAUUGUUCCAUUUGUGAAUUUUGACUCAUGAAUUGUGGAGAUAUGAUUGUCAAUUGCUCAACGAUCUAUAUAAAUUUCUGAUCAUUUUAUAAUUUUCUUAAUAUAAGUUAUGAAUUGAUCUUAGAAGUCAUAUGUAUUACUUAAUUAAAUACAUAUAUAAAUAUAAGAAAUAAUCUUUAGAUUAUCAUAAUAUUCUCAGGCCUGUUGGUCUAAGGGAUGUGUGGGUUGUUAAUUAUAUGUAUGCCCCUCUUCGAAGAAGAGGGUGUUUAUUGUUUUGCACAUAUCGGUCCGUCCGUCAUCCGUAUGUCCGUCCACCAGAUGGUUUCUGGAUGAUAACUCAAGAACGCUUAGGCCUAGGAUCAUGACACUUCAAAGGUACAUUGAUCAUGACUCGCAGAUGACCCCUGCUGAUUUUGAAGUCACUAGAUCAAAGGUCAAGGUCACGGUGACCCGAAAUAGUAAAAUGUUUUCCGGAUGAUAACUCAAGAACGCUUAUGCCUAUGAUCAUGAAACUUGAGGUACAUUGAUCAUGACUCGCAGAUGAACCCUAUUGAUUUUCAGGUCACUAGGUCAAAGGUCAAGGUCACGGUGACCGGAAAUAGUAAAAUGGUUUCCGGAUGAUAACUCAAGAACGUUUUAUGCCUAGGAUCAUGAAACUUCAUAGUUGCAUUCAGUGCAUUGAUCAUGAUUCGCAGAUGACCCCUAUUGAUUCUCAGGUGAAAGGUCAAGGUCACUGUGACCCGAAAUAGUAAAAUGUUUUCUGGAUGAUAACUCAAGAACGCUUAUUCCUAGGAUCAUGAAACUUCAUAGGUACAUGGAUCAUGACUCGCAGAUUACCCCUAUUGAUUUUCAGGUCACUAGGUCAAAGGUCACGGUGACUCAACUUAGAAAAUGGUUUCCGGAUUAUAAAUCAAGAACACUUACGCCUAGGAUCAUGAAACUUCAUAGGUACAUUUAUCAUGACUCGCAGAUGACCCCUAUUGACUUUCAGGUCACUAGGUCAAAGGUCAAGGUCACGGUGACUUCACACACAAAAAUGGUUUCCGGAUGAUAACUAAAGAAAGCUUACGCCUAGGAUCAUGAAACUUCAUAGGUACAUUAAUCAUGACUCACAGAUGGACCCCUAUUGAUUUUCAGGUCACUAGGUCAAAGGUAAAGGUCACAGUGCCAAAAUAUGUAUUCACUCAAUGGCUGCCACUACAACUGACAGCCCAUAUGGGUGGCAUGCAUGUUUCACAAACAGCCCUUGUUUGAGAUGAUUCUUUUCAAAGAAAGAUGCUACUAUUGUAUUUGUUAUAAAUGUGUGAAAGGCUCUAAGAAGGAACCAGAGAUUAUUAACCCUUUACCAAACACCAACAGUAUUUUACGGGUUUAUAGCUGACGACUUUAUAAACAAUUAUGAUAAAAUGAGAAAUUGCUCAAGAUGAGCAAUUUCUCCUUUUCUCACAAUUAUUUCUACCCUACCUGACUGUUUCCUUAAUAUUCCAUUACAAUUUUAUUGUCGUCUGCAACCUUUUUCAAAUUGGGAAAGUCAAAAAUGUGUCGUUUGGUAAAGGGUUAAGGCAUUUUGAUUCCUACGGGUCUUGUGAAUCUGUUUCAAAUCAAAUGCGUAUAUUUGAUCUUCAGCAUCUAAACAUAUGUGAAAUAGAAAGAACGACAAUAUCUUUUGGAGUGAUAAAUGUACUUACGUUAUAAGCAAUGGGACUGUGCUUCAAAGGAACAAUUUCCGGGCUUUUGAGUCUGUUUAGUUAACACGGUAGUAACUUUUUCCAUAUAUAAAAAUGCUCACCCUUCCAACUUUAAGCGCCCAAUGGGACGAGGGAUAGACAGAGAAAGUCACAUGCUUGAGUACAUUUCAACCCAUGCGCAUUGCGCGUUUUUUCGCAUAAAAAAACAGUGGAGCCAUACAGGGCCAUCAUGGCCCUCUUGUUUUAUGCUCCCCCAAAAUUUUUGGGGGGAGCAUAUAGUCACCGCUUCGUCUGUCCGUGUGUCUGUCCGUUCGUGCACAAUUUUUGUCCGGGCUAUUUCUCAGCAAUUAAUGACCGGAAUUCAAUUAAACUUUAUGGGAAGCUUCACUACCAAGAGGAGAUGUGCAUUUUAUCAGCCGGUUCUGGUCGGAUGAUUUUUCACAGAGUUAUGGCCCUUUGAAAUUUUCCAUUAAUUGUACAUAUAGUUCAAUUCUUGUCCGGGCUAUUUCUCAGCAACUAAUGACCGGAAUUCAAUGAAACUUUAUGGGAAGCUUCACUACCAAGAGGACAUGUGCAUAUUAUCAGCGGGUUAUAGUCAGAUGAUUUUUUUUAACAGAGUUAUGACCCUUUGAAAUUUUUCAUUAGCUGUUCAUAUAGUGAAAUUCUUGUCCGGGCUAUUUCUCAGCAACUAAUGACCGGAAUUCAAUUAAACUGUAUGGGAAGCUUCACUACCAAAAGGAGAUGUGUAUAUUAUCAACCAGUUAUGGUCCGAUGAUUUUUCACAGACUUAUGGCCCUUUGAAAUUUUCCAUUAACUGUACAUAUAGUGCAAUUCUUGUCCGGGCUUUUUCUCAGCACCUAAUGACCGGGAUUCAAUGAAACUUUAUGGGAAGCUUCACUGCCAAGAGGAGAUGUGCAUAUUAUCAGCGGGUUCUGGUCGGAUGAUUUUUCACAGAGUUAUGACCCUUUGAAAUUUUCUAUAACAAAAAUUAUUGUCCCCCCAACUACUGUGCCCUCAAGACGUUUCCUUUUAUCUGAAUAUAUGGCGCAAUAUUGUGACAAAAAAAACUUUGGGGAGCAUCACCCGUCUCCGACGGUUUCUUGUUCACAGAGUUAUGGCCUUUUGAAAUUGUGCAUUGUACAUAUAGUGCAAUUAUUGUCCGAGUUAUUUCUCAGCAACUUAUUACGGGAAUUCAAUGAAACUUUAUGGGAAGCUUCACUACCAACAGGAGAUGUGCAUAUUAUCAGCCGGUUAUGGUCGGAUGAUUUUUCACAGAGUUAUGACCCUUUGAAAUUUUCUAUAAACUGUACAUAUAGUGCAAUUCUUGUCCGGACUAUUCUCCCCAACUGCUGACUGGAAUCCAAUGAAGCUUUAUGGGAAGCUUAACUACCUUGAGGAGAUGCGCAUGUUAUUUGUGGGAUCUGGUUAGAUGAUUUAUUUAGAGAGUUAUGGCCCUUUGAAAUUGUUAAGUUGCUAAACCAUCCAUCGUAUUAUUUUGUCCAAAGUUAUGCCCCUCAAGACGCUUCAUUUUAUCUGAAUAUAUAGUGCAAUAUUGUGAAAAAAAAAACUUUGGGGAGCAUCACCUGUCUCCGACGGUUUCUUGUUUAAAUAUUUGGUGAAGCAUUUUUUGUAAGUAAUAUAGUUUUGAAAAAGUGUUUGUUCUACUAUUUACUGGCUACAGAGUCAAUAUUUUGUUUAUAUAUUGUACCUACCUACACAAGGGCCGUAUACAUAGUAAAAUGUUUUCUUAAAACAAUGUUGUGCUUUAAUUAUAUAUAUGGUCUUGAUGGUCAUGAUUUAUUUUUAAUUGUUUACGUUUAUGAUGAAUCGAGCAUUCCGUUAUUGGUUAUCGAACCCUUUAUUAAGGGUUUUCUUGAUUUGUGUUUUGUAUUCAUGUCUUCGAGCAUUCUGUAAGUAUUAAGAUUUCUACCCUAACUUUAUUUAUACUAAUUUGCACCAAAUCUAUUGAUGCUAUGGAUCUUUUUGGGGUAUGGGGGGGGGGGGGCUACAAUCUUAUAUUUACAAAUACAGUAAAACUGCGAUAACUCGUGGUAGCACGGGACAGACCUCGAUGCUCGAGUAAUCGCAGGUGAAUUCGUUUUCACUGUUUCGUUUGGUGAUGCUUAACUUCUGACCGCAAACGUUUUAUUUACAUGUAAGACGGUGCUUGGAAAAGAAAAGGCUGUACAUGAAUGUAUUGCUAGCGUAAAUCUAUUGCAAAAAUAGUGCUUGUUAAUGUAUCGCCAUAAAUGAUCAAUUAUCAUGUUAACGUGAUCAAUAAUUAAAUAAUACAUGAGUUAUAUAUAGUAUAUUCUCUUAUAGCUAAAGAAUCUUCAGCGUACAGUUUAUAUAGUAUUGACAGACCUUUAAAGUCGCGCCAGUCAAAAAUCAUAAAAAGCGACAUUUAAAGUUAUGGUAGCCAGAACUAAUUUUCUUAAAGCCUUUAAAUUGCGCGUGUGUUCUUUUCAUAAGUAUGUGUCGGAAACUUCCAAAGCCAUAUACAUGACGAGGUCGCAAAUUGCCAUUUUCAACUUUGUAUAUAUUAAAUAGUUAUGUUUACUAUAUAAUAUUAUAAAGCUAUGGUUUAUAUUUUUGUGUACACCAAAUAUACAAGAAAGUGUCAUAAUAUUCGAUUGUUUAACUAUGCCAAUAAAAUUUAUAUACCUUA